AGUUCUAAGUGCUGUGGCAACGCUGCUACCAGAAAACAACAUGUUUGCCCAUUCCUCCUCUGCGGUAGCUCGCUCUAAGCGCGUCCUGUCGCUGAGAGCAGCAAUACACUGCGAGUAUCCGAAAUUUGUCUGGUUCUUAGUGCACUGUGUGAGCGUUAGCGCCAACACCAAGUUGUGGAGUGGAGAAAAGAGGGCAGGACCACUCCUUUCACUAGCGGCGCCUAAUUAGAUUGGUGUAAAGCAACACGGAGAACAAAAGCCAUGGUGGCUUGCUGAUGGCUCUGCAGAACAUCUGCGCCAGAGCAGAGAAUGGAUCCUGGCCCUCCAGGCUCACAACUGGAUUGUGGCUGCUCUUUGUCCAGCAGACUCCUGCUGUGUCCAGCCUCCUUUCUUCCCUUUCCCAUCUUCAUAAAUUACAAUAGCAGAGCUGCUUGGUUCCUCUUGGAGGUUUGAAACAACUCAAAUUCCGUUAAGGUCAAGUGACCUCUAGGAGAGAAGUGUUAAACAGUGGGCCCUUUCUGUGUCCCAGUGGAGCAAGGGCUCUGCUAUUCAGUGUUGGAUGUUCUCAAAGCCUUUCCCUUUUCUCUAGGCCCGGAUGGAGGUAGAUGCUGAUGGAAAUGGUGCUAAAAUAUUUGCUUAUGCGUUUGACAAAAAUCGUGGAAGGGGAUCCGGCCGUCUCCUGCAUGAGCUGCUUUGGGAGAGACACCGGGGAGGGAUUGCUCCUGGAUUUCAGGUGGUACAUCUGAAUUCAGUGACAGUGGACAACCGCCUAGACAAUCUGCGCCUAGUUCCUUGGGGUUGGAAACCCAAAGCUGAAGAAGUCUCUAGUAAACAAAGGGAACAAAGUCUGUAUUGGCUGGCAAUCCAACAGCUUCCUACAGAUCCUAUAGAAGAGCAGUUUCCUGUACUGAAUGUAACACGAUAUUACAACGCUAACGGGGAUGUUGUGGAGGAGGAAGAGAACUCAUGCACAUAUUACGAAUGUCACUACCCCCCAUGCACAAUGAUUGAAAAACAGCUACGUGAAUUCAACAUUUGUGGCCGAUGCCAGGUAGCGAGGUACUGUGGGUCACAAUGCCAGCAAAAAGACUGGCCUGCUCACAAGAAACACUGUCGGGAGAAGAAACGGACCUUCCACCAAGAGCUCGGACCAGAACGAUGACUGGGUGGCACAGGCCUCUUAGCAGCAGGAUUCCUUCUCAAAGGCAUUGGACUCUUGCUUUUGCACAGUAAUAACAGACUGCUUAUUGAAGCCAGAGGCACUGAAGAAGAAAAACCCUGUGAUGCUUGAGCAGAAUGGCUGACUGGACUAAGCCAGCUGUGACUGGUGCUGUGGAAAGGGAUUGAGUCUACCCUUCCAGUAUUAUAUUCUCAAGCGAAAAGACUACUGUGGAGGCUCCAGGCAGGAAGCUUCUCAUUAUUUAUAUGUUAAUACGUUUGUAAACUCAUGUACAGUUUUUGUUAGAAAUUCUUGAUAGGACUCAUUAACUGUAAUGUUCAGAUAAGAACAUGUUGUUGGCCUAAAAGUUUAAAAAAAAGGAAAAAAAAAAAAAGCUCAUGUAGCAAAAGCUUUUCCUCCCAUGUGGCUAGAAGUAUCUGUGGCUGUGCCAGAAGGCAGGCUCCAACAUCAGCAGUUACUCUGGAGAACUCUGCAUGGAAGUUAUAUUUAAAAAAAAAAAGCAAACAAAGUAAAGGUUGCAAUGAAUCAUUGUCUACUCUCUAGCUUUCUCCCGUUCCCUUCCAGCUGCUUUCAGAGCACAGUCACACUUGGACUGUGGCAAUACCUACUCAGUAGGAACCAGCGCACCAGGAACUGGAGCGGAGUGUAGGGGACCAUCUGGGAUCUGUGCAUACAGGCGAGCUAUAGCAUGUUGCUGCCUUCAGAGAAGGGCUGCUGGAGAUUCCGAUUUAAGCAACCAGUAUUUUUAGAAAGCUGAAUUAGCUUUCUGGUUAUGAAACCUUUAUAUAUAAAGUAGUUGUAGGGAAGCUCAGGUAGUCAGCUGUGUGUGGAUGUGGUUGCCCUUGUGGCUUCCCCGUAAGCGUAGCAAAUACUAUAGUGAUGUGCAGGUAUGUUUAAAUGAUCUAGUAUUUGGUAAUUGGAGUUAUUUAUUCAUUUUUUUGA